AUGGAUAUGGACGAGGACGAUGACAUCUACGUACCCGAGGAGCCUCAAGUGGACACUCAACAAGCUCAACCGCCCAUAGCAACAAAGCCCGCGGAGGAGCUUGAGGAAGGCGAGGAGGAGGACGAAGGCGGUGCUAUGGACGAAGAUGACGAUGAUUCCGACAUCGACAUUAUUACCGAGCGAAAAGACGGCACAACGGCAGCACCUCCAAGUCAAGCAAAGUAUAGCGACAUUCGGAACAUCCCGCAAAGGUCAGGCACCAAAGACAGCCCAGGAAAGCCAGCGCCCGUCGCCCCAGCGCAAACGGAAGCGCAAACGCCAUCAUCAAGUGCACUCCAGUUAGCUGCUCCGAGCGCAGAUAAAGCAUCCGCAGCUGCUUCGAAAUCGACCGUCGACAUAAACGCCAAUCCUAUAUACCCGCCAGUAGGCAAACCGAUAACACAGGUCAACAUUGACGAAGACAAUGAAAAACCAUGGCGCAGACCUGGGACGGACAUUAGCGACUACUUCAACUAUGGCUUCGAUGAGUUUACAUGGGCGUUGUACGCCGCGAAACAAGAGUCCGUCCGCGGCGAAUUUGGGGCCGAUACCUUCGCCAUGAACAACAAGAAGAUUAUGGACGACUUCAGCAACAUGAUGAUGAUGGGUGGCAUGGGCAUGGGUGGCAACAGCAACACGGGCGCGCCCUCAAUGCCCGGCAUGGACGGCAUGCCCGCCGAGAUGCAGCAGAUGAUGCAGCAAAUGAUGGCCUCCGGAAUGGACCCGUCACAGAUGGACAUGAGCCAGAUGAACCAGAUGUUCUCGGGCAUGCAGAACGGCGGCGGUGCUGCUGGCGGCGCCGCACAGAGCGGCGCGGGGCAGAACUUUGUGGGUGGCUACGGUGGCAACCAAGCCGGGUACGGAGGCUACAAUCAAGGCGCCGGCCGGGGAAGGCGAGGGAGAUGGUAG